AUGAAUAGUAACGGGCCUCCAACACUAAUGGUCCCCAACACAAAUGCUCUUACUAUGGCUGAAUCACUAAGGGAAGUUUCUAGCAGUCUGGAAGUUCUGGAGGCCAGUGAUGAGAGAAAGAAGAAAUCCAAAUUUAAAGUCUUCAAGAGCUUUUUUGGCAAGAAGAAGAAAAAAGAGCCUGAAGGUGCCCAGGGAGAGAGGAGACUAAGACCAAGUUUGUCCAGCGGCAAUGUUGGCGUCUCUUCUCUGAUGCCAGUUCAGGAGAGCCGACAAACUGCGCCCAGAGCGAAGUGCAGCAUGGGGAUCAAAGCCCUCUCCCAUGACAGCAUCUUCAUGUUGGAGCCUGAGCCUGAAAGAUCAGCAAGAAAAUUAUACCCCUCUCCGGAGCCCCAGAGAGGCAGACCUCUGCAGAGAUCUCAUGUUUCCAGAACUCUGCCUAGAACUGGGACUGGUAGUGUGCGUGGAGCUGUUCCUGGAGCUGUGUUUGGAGCUAUGCCCCGAUAUGCACCCAGAAGUGGAAUCUGGGUUCAAGGAUCCAGGAUUACUGAGAGCUCCUUUGAGCCCUCAUCUGGACCUGUUCUCUCACAGUCUUUCACCACGUUUGCCGUGCUUGCCUCUCCCAGCAGCACUCAGCUGCCUCUUGGUUUCAGCACCCCAGCCACCACCCAGGGCUGUUUGGAUUCUUCAGCUGCUCGACACAAGAUGGCUUUAAACCCCCGGAAACUAAAGAAGAAGGACCUUCAAGUGGCUGUGAAACCAAAGCAGGAUGAGCCAAGCCUUCUACUGGUUUUUGAAGAAGAGAAGAGUACAAACAAACCAAAAGAAGCUGACCAAAAGAAGCCAAAAGAUGACAGUGCAGGUCCCUCAAGCCAGGAACAGAGAAACAAAACUGAGAUUUAUGAGAAGGAGACAGCAGAUCAGGCUGCAAACACAGAUGCUGCUGAGAGUCAGGGCUGCCCAUUGUCAGCAGUGUAUAGAGGACAACAUGUAAGAAAAGGGUCAAGUGCUUCAGUAAUGAGUGAGUGUGGUCCCAGAGGAAGAAGCUUGAAACAAUCCAGUCAUGGGCUUGGCCUAGAUGAUAGAGCUGGAUCCCCAGCUGAUGAUAACACUGCCAGGGAAUGCCCUCCCUGGCACCUGUCCUUGGAGAAGCUAGUUGUGGAGCAGCCCAUAACUCCACAAGCGGAAACCACAACUUUUCAGGAGUUGCUUUCAGAUAAAGAUGACAUGGGAAGGAGAAAUGCCAGUAUAGAUUUUGAAGCCAGCAAAGCAUCAGCAUCACAACCCAUACCUGAAGACAUGGAAGAGUCCAUAGUUAGUGGUCCAUCACCAUACCAUGAAGAUGGGGCCUCGGGAGCUAAGAAGACAGAAGCCAGAGCUUCUCUUUUACCAGUGGUGGAAAGCCUUUCUACAACUGAAGAUGUCCUUUUCUCAGUGGCAGUGAAGGAUCGAGUAUUUAUGGAUCCUUCUCAUAUUCAGUCAGAAGAGGAGGAAGCUUCCAGCUUUGACUUGCAAAGCAUCCAAUUUAAAAUGGAGUCAGCUCAAGAUAUCCCAACUAUCUGCAAAGAAAAACCUCCUAGAAAUGUUCUCCAGGCCUUCACAGCAAGCAUUUGGGGUAUGGCAAGUGCUUUGGCAGAGGGAGGCAUUUCUGUAGAGAGGCUGCCUCCCAGAAGUCUUUCCCAGUCCUUGGGGAAGCCCAAAGCUGAAGAAGUCUCCUCAGAGAGCACUUCAGAGGCGGGGAGUGGUUCUGAGCAGCAGCUGGCUCCCAGAUACUCUUUCCAGUCCUUAGGGAAGCCCGAAGAUGAACAAGAAGGCUUUGCAGCAUCAGAAGGUCCAGCUGUAGAACUGAGCAGUUCUGAGCAGCAGCAGCUGCUUCCUAGAUACUCUUUGCAUUUCUUGGAGAAGCCCGAAAACAGCCAAGAAGUCUUCACAGAAUCAAAAAGUUUUGUUGUGGAAUUGAGCGGUUCUAAUGAGCAGCUGGCUCCCAGAUGCGCUUCCCGGGCUUUGAGGGAGCCUGGAGAAGUCUCCACAGAGUCAAAUAGUUAUGUUGAAAAGGACAAUAGUGCUGAGGAUUGGGGCAGCUCUGAGGAAGAUCUGCCUCCCAGACACCCUUCCCAGGCCUUGGGGAAGCCCAAAGACCAACAAGAAGUCUCCUCAGUUGCAAAGAACACACCUGAGGAGUGGAAUGUUUCUGUGACGCAGAUUCCUCCCAGACACCCUUCUCGGCGCUUUGUGAGGCCGAUUGUUCAGCAGCAGGUCUCCUCAGGUUCAAUGAGUGCUUCUGUAGAAUGGAGCGGUUCUGUGGAACCGAUGCCUCCCAGGCACCCUUUCCAGCCCUGGGUGAGCCCUAAAUUUGAGCAACAAGCAAGUCUAGAGAGCAUUGCUGUUGAGUGGGGCAUUUCUACGGAGCCGCUGCCUCCCAGAAUGCCUUCUAAGCACCUGAUGAGGCCUAAAGUUGAGCAACCCGUCUCCUCAAAUCCAGAAAUUGCUGCUAUUGAAGGGGUCAAUUCUAUGGACCUGCUGCCUCCAAGGCAUCAUUCUCAGCCCCCGAUUAAACCAAUAGCCAAGCAAGAAAUCUCUGCAGGUCCAGAGAGCACAGCUGUUGAGGAGAGCAUUUCUAUGGAGCCACUGCCUCCCACAAUGCCUUCUCAGCCCCUGAUGAAACCAGUAGUCAACCAACCAAUCUCUGCAGGUCCAGAGAGUGUUGCCAUUGAGGGGGGCGCUUCUACAGAGCCACUGUCUCCCAGACAUCUUCCCCAGUCCUUUGUGAGACAUAAAGUCCAGCAAAUGUCAAGUUUUGAGAGUGCUGCUGUUGAGGGGGAUAUUUCUGGAAGGCCACUGCCUUCUGAACAUCCUACUCAGUUCUUAAUGAGGUCUAAAGUUCAGGAAAUGUCCUCAUGUGUCGAGAACACUGCUGUUGAAGGAGGCAUGUCUAAGAAAUCGCUGCGUCCCAGGCAUCCUUCCCAGUCAUUUGUGAAGUUUAUGGCACAGCAAAUCUUUUCAGAGAGCCCUGCUAUUGAGGGGGAAAGUUAUGUGGAUCCUCUGUCUUCAAAUCAACCUUCCAAAUCUUUGUUGAGGCCUAAAGUUGAGCACCAAGUUUUCGCAGGUUGGGAGAGUGCCGGUAACGAGGGAGGCAUUUCUUUGAAGCUACUUCCUACGAAACACCCUUUGCAGUCCUUGGGGAGGCCUGAAGACCGGCAAGAAGUUUUCUCACAUUCAGAGAGGGCUCCUGUGAAGUGCAGCAGUUUUAAAGUGCGGCUGCCUCCCAGGCACGUUUCCCAGGCAUUGGAGAAGCUGGAGUACCAGCAAGAAGUCUACUCAGUUUCUGAGAGCUCCACUGAAGAACGGAGUUCUGAAGAGCAGCUGCCGUCCAGAUGCCCUUUCCAAGCCGAGGAUGUGGCUGAAUUCCAGCCACAUAUUUCCUCAACAGGCUCAGUGAGUGUACCUGUAGAGUGGAACAGUUCUGAGAAGCCCCUGCCUCCGAGGCACCCUUUUCAGGCUUUUGCAGAUCCUGAAUAUCAGCAACAGGUUUAUUCCAGUUCCGUGAGUGCUGCUGCUGAGGGAACCAUUUCUGAGUGCAAUUCUAGCAACUGGUCCCUACCAAGAGGCCCAGCUUCUCCAAACAAAACCAAGAAACACAGCCAAGGCUCUGAAGACCUCAUUAAGAACAUGCCAGCUACUGCUACCAAACCUGUGAAGUUCACCAUUGCUUCUGCCUGGCAAACAUCCACUUCAGGGGACACUUACUCUAAGGAGGAAGUUCUUCAGAGUGGUGAUCGAAAUAUCAGCCAUUCGAAUUUAUCUGCCAACGGGGCUGAUGUUGAAAAUCUUUUUGGAGUCCGACUGAGAAGAGUCCCUUCCUCACAGAAGUACAAGAGUGAGAAACAAGAUGAUUUUACCAAGCUUCCUUCACUCUCUUUGGGCCCAAUUUCAUCUUCCAUAGGUAGAGAACAGCCAAUCAAAAGAAGCACCUCCCAGGGGCUCCUGGGCACCACAGAGAACCUCACCACAAUAUCUGACUUUGGAAAGAAGCAACGGAGCAGGCCCAAAUCUGCAAGCAUGGCCAAGAAGGAACUGGCUUACAAGAUCCCAGGAAAGGCUCCUGAUCGACAGUCAGAUUAUACCACCUCAGAGCCAGCUUGGAUAACCAUGGUGAAGCAGAGGCAAAGGAGUUUCCAGGCCCACAUUCCUAUGAAAGAGCCAAAAACCAAGAAUAGAGCUGAAGCCAAGGCUGAGACUAAGGAGCCUAGAUAUGGGGGAACUGGCAUUGCAAAUGAAAAACAACCAAGAAGGAAUUUCACUUCUAAUGUCAAUAGACAGGAGAAGAUGGCACAGAUGAAGCUACCUAAGUCUACCAAAGCAGGAUUUGAAGAUCCGAAGAUAUUUCAAGUGCCUGCCAUGGGAAAAGAAACCAGACGAUCUUCAACUCUCCCAGCAGUGCUCCAAGAGCCAGUUGAGCCAGUUGAGCUGGUUGAGCCAUUGGAUCCAGUUGAGCUGGUUGAGCCGGUUGAGCCAAUCUGGUUCUCUCUGGCCAAGAAGAAAGCCAAAGCAUGGAGCCACAUAGCAGAAAUCAUGCAAUAAAUAGCUCCUGGGUGGAGCAUCAGCAUUUCAAAUGAUAACUGCCAAUAGGUGUAUUAAUGCCACAGUCACUUUUUUACUGUAACCAUUUUUUAUUAAGCAAAACAGCCUUAGAAAUGGGAAUUAAAGCUAAUAAUUAUUUGAAUGAAACAAAUGCCAUGAAUGCCUAAUCUUCAGUAGUCAUUGACAGCAUCUGAAAACCCAGCAUUUCCUCUGUGAAACUAUGUAAAAUGUUUGCACUGCAGUAGAACUGGGAAAUCUUUAACUUUGGACAAUGUGCUUUAGGAGGGAGAAAGCAAAAACAUUUCAUUGGAGCAACUAAGAAGUGGACAUUUCCCUUGAUCAAAUAAAUUAAUUCUAAUGGAAAUGUCCAGAUAAUUUGGCCUAAGGAUUCACUUUUAGGUUUUAUGAGCCUAGUUAAAUGCUUCAGUUCUUUGCUUGCUGCUCCAAUCUUUGCAAAGGCCCCUAGAAGAGGUGGUGGAAGUAAAAAUUCUGGGUCUCCAAGAAAAAUUUUGCACAGCUGGUCUCCUAAUCAGCACGCUGCCCUUUGAAACAACCUUCUUUGUAUCCCUGGAGGACCCCAAUUCCUGCAAUACAGAGCUCUCUCUUUGCACAUGCCCCAUGUCAACCUGUUCCAGGUCUGGCAGCAGUGAGCACCUUCCUAUGAUGCAGAAUAUUUCUUGGGGAUUAUUGUACUCCUCUGGAUGGUUAGUCCAUUAGUGUUUGACCUUCUGCCCCAACAUCACUGUGACCCUCUCCACUUGCUCAGAAAUGUACUGGAUGUCAUACAUAUCCUGUUUUGUAAGCACUUAAGACCCUGUUGAAAUUCAAAAUUCUACAGAUGCCAAAAGCUGUACUUUCAAUCAGGAGAUGGGAAGCCUUCCACGAGGAAGUCUGGGGCCACUGGAGAGCUGUCUGUCCCCCUGGCUCCAGCCUUAAGUUGGAGACCUCCAUGUAGCCUAGUUUCUAGAUCCUUUCCCUCAGCAGCCUCUGUUUCACAAGAUUUUAGCCCAAAGCAAGACUACAAUCUCAAAGCCGUAGAACGAUUAACUUUCUGCUAACUGGAAGCCUUAAGUGAUUAAAUCAGCCUCUCCCUGCCCUCAUUCCUAGAGGCACACACCUCAAAAGUUACUAGGCUGGAAAGCCCCAACUUCCCCACUGAACCACUCACCCCCAAGUCCUUCCCCUUUAUUCCAUCCUCCAGACACACCAAACACUGAGAGCUCCCUUUGGAUGCCUGGACAGUAUCUAGCUCAUUUUCUUGGGAGACCCAGAAGUGUCUUCUUAGUAUACCUCUCACUGUGUCUGCCUCUGUCACCUUGGGGCUACUUUGCUUGAACAGAAAUGCAGGCCUAGACAUAACUGUGCCUUUAAAUUCUGAGUGGCAUGCUGCUUCAUGCAAAAAAAAAAAAAAAAAUCAGAGACAGAGUGAGGUGCCAGAGCUUAUUUAAACCCUUGGUGCUUGGUUUUGCUGAUGAUGGUAUAAUGUGACAUUGUACAAUCAUAUGCUGAAAUUUGCAUUUUCUCUAUAAAACAUCUAUUUUUCCUGAUACUGUAUCUUUGCCUUUUUGAUAAUGCUUGGUUUUUGAUUGAUUGGGUUUGCUUUCCUUUGUAUUCCCAUAGUGAACAGUUCAUUAAGGUUGAUCAAUGCCCUUUACCCAGGUAAUUCUGGUAGAGUAGCUGUUAUACCUCCCUUCCCCCUUCUCUCAGGGUGGACCACUAUUAGGUUAUUCUCACUCUGAGAACUCUCCAUUAACAAUUUCUUUUCCACAGUUAACAACAAAACUCUGUGUUUAAGUAAAAGGGUUAAGUGUUUUUUUAAUGCCUAGAGGCACAUUCGGACAAGUUUUCAGCUUCUUUUAGCAUUCUUGAUUUUUGCUAUAUGCAAAGCAAAUAAAUUUAA